AUGCACCGAAUCGCAUCGCGAUCUUACGUUCCUUCCUUACCAAGCCUCGAUCGGAUCGGAUCCAAUCGAAACGAACCUACACGAAACGCGUCUUUUCAAAUCUGUAACCCAGGCCGAAGCUUCGAGGCGCCUCGAGAGACCUUAUCAUCCCAAGUCCGAAGCUUCGCGGCCUGGUCUGCCGCUGGUGCGUCUUCCAGGCCGGCUGUCGCAGAAGCUUCCAAGACGCCAGAGAUUGCUAUCUCUAAGUCGAAAUCGAUUUCCAGAAGCAAGCAUCUAGUAGCGGUGCAAGCGGACCUUAAAACGCGUACAGCGAAGGACGAGGGGAGGGAUGGGGGAGGAGGUCAGAGGAGCAUCACGAAAGUGGAAGGGGGAGAAAAGGGAGAUGGGGAUGAGAGGGUUGAGAGUGUAGUAGCGGGGAAUGCAGCGGGGAAGGCAGCGGGGAAGGCAGCGGGGAAGAGUGAGGGAGGCAAGAGGAAGACCUACAGGAGGAAAGGCUGCGAGGAGGAGGAGGAGGCAGUGGCAGUGAUUGCUGGAGUGCUGAGGGAGAAAUUCGGGCCUCAGAUUGUGAGAGAGGAGGUGGAGGAGUGGAGGAGUGGGAUAGAAAGCAGCGAGGACGCAGUGGGGGUGGGGAGAUUGGAAGAGGAGGAGGAAGAGGAGGAGGAGGAGGAGGAGGAGGAGGAGGAGGAGGAGGAGGAGGAGGAGGAGGAGGAGGAGGAGGAGGAAGCAGAAGCAGAAGCGAGUGAGGAGGACUCACCACCCACCACAUCUCCUCCCACACCCUCUCCCCUACUCAACAGGCGGCGGGUCGUAUCUCCCUCCUCCCUCCUCUCCCUCUACCGCUUUUUCUCCUCCCACCUCGGCAUCUCCUCCCCUUCCACUGUCGCUUCCCUCCUCGCCUCCCACCCUGCCCUGCUCCGCUCCAGUCCCACCAAUGACUUGCUGCCACGUGUCCGUCUCCUACAGUCAUACGGCAUAUCUCGUGUUGGAGGGGAGGCGGCAGGGGGAUUAACUGAACUAGCAGCAGGCGUAGCAGGAGGAGGAGGAGGAGGAGGAGGAGGAGGGGAUGGUGUGAGUGCUACAGCCUUGUUCCUGGGUCCUUUGUUGCUUCCAGAUGGGACUGGAGGGGGUGUAGUUACUACAGCUGCCUCUGCUACAGCUGCCUCUGCUACAGCUGCUGUUUAG